CCACGCUCCCUCAUCUGUUGUGAUUCGGCUAAAGAAAGAAAAACUGUUAAAGUGACUGAGGUCCACAUGACACUAUUAUAAAGAUGGUGUUUAUUAAAGAGGAGAGUGAAGACAUGAAGAUUGAAGAAACAUUCAGUGUGAAACAAGAAGAAACUGAGGAACAAAUAAAGAUGGUGGUGUUUAUUAAAGAGGAGACCGAAGACAUGAAGAUUGAAGAAACAUUUAGUGUGAAACAAGAAGAAACUGAGGAACAAACACAGAUGGCGUUUAUUAAAGAGGAGACCGAAGACAUGAAGAUUGAAGAAACAUUUAGUGUGAAACAAGAAGAAACUGAGGAACAAACAGACCUGAUGCCGUUGAAAGAGGAGAGUCAAGAUCUGAAUGAAAGGGAAAAGAAAGAUCAGGACAAGACACAUCAUGAUUUCAGAACUGAAGAAAAGCCUUUGAAUUGCUCACAGACUGAAACAACUUCCUCACAAAAAACAGCUCAAAAGACAGGGAAUAUAGGUGAUUACACCUGCCAUCUGUGUGGAUUAAGUUUCAGAAAGCAGGGAAGUCUUGAAGUCCACAUGAGAGUUCACACUGGAAGGAAGCUUUUCCAAUGCCAGGAGUGUGGAAUAAUUUUCAAUCAACAUGGAAACCUUAAAGUCCACAUGAGAAUUCACACUGGAGAGAAGCCUUUCACCUGCUCUCAGUGUGGAAAGAGUUUCAGGCAAAAAGGAAACCUUAAAAGCCACAUGAUGGUUCACACUGGAGAGAAGCCUUUCAGCUGCCAACAGUGUGGGACACGUUUCACUAAUAAACGAAAUCUUUCUAAACAUCUGAUCAUUCACAAAAGAAAGGACCCUUUAACAUGCCAACGGUGUGGAAGUACUUUUAAACAACAUGGAAACCUUAAAGUCCACAUGAAAAUUCAUUCUGGGGAAAAGUAGAAUAAAGUCAAAUAAACAUUUUUACGUUAGUAUUUAUGCAAAUGGAAGUAUGGAAAAGUAGAAUAAAGUCAAAUAAUCAUUUUUAUGUUAGUAUUUAUGCAAAUGCAAGUAUGCCACACUGACACUUUAUGUACUGACACGCUCAUGAGAUCGCGUUAUAUCGCAGAAUGCCCUCCUUCCUCUUCUCCUACAUGUUGUUACCUGCGUCGUUGUUCCACCUUCCAAGUGAGGUCCUUUUUAUUCCUGUCUCUAUGUAAUAGUUUGCACAUUAUUUUUCGGUUCAUAUUGAUUUUAUAUAAUUGGCCUUAUAAAAUUAUUUUGCUAUUUGACUGGUGA